GUUUCCUUUCUCGAGCCGCCAAAGGCCUGUCAAACCUCUGUCCUUCGCGUUCUCAGGGUUUCGGUUGUCUAGAUCAACCGCCGUUGGCUAAGCUACGUCUCCUCUCCGUCUCCGUCUUCAGGGCAUUCACUCAGGUCAGAAAUGAAAUGGAAUUGGGCAUCUCCCUCUCCGACACCCAGUAUCACAAGUGCCUCAUCUCCCGGAGGUUCUUCAGACCGAGAAUAACCUCGCAACCGGAGCUUUGUGGAAAUUAUGGCUCCUGUUUUCUCGCGGGAUGCUUGGCGAUGUGUUUGGCAUACGAUUCAGAAUGAUUUGGUGCAUGGUUGGGGAUUGGAUUUUGCGCUAAGGAGAUGUGUGGAGCCUGCACAUGAGAAAAUUGAUGUGGUUGACUCUCAGUGGAUAGUUCAUCAAGUUAUUCCUUCUCUGGGAAGUCAGGGUCAAUCUGAAAAUGGAAAAGCUCCUUGGCAAGGGGUAAGAGAGAGAUGCAGAAGUGAGUGGGCGCAGUUUCAAGAUCGCCUAGCCAAUGCAGAUAAGAAAUAUAUUGAACAGCUUGGGAGAACGAGGUAUUUGAACAACAGAAAGUUUUGUAUCCUUUUAAGUUUUCUUGCAUUUGGCUCUGAUUGGAAAAGAAAUAUAGAGACAUUGGAGAAAAAUAGUGUAACCAGUCUGAGGACAUUGAUCAAUCUUGGUUCUGAAGUGUACAUGCAAGCUGAUGUAAUGCUGAACUGACUGCUCAUGUGGCUAAGCAGUAAAGAGGAAGGAAUCUGCUGUCCUAUGUUAGGCAUUGUCGUUUGAUUAUGAGUGCAGUUUCAUUGGAUGUUUUUUAGUUAAUGUGUAUUAUGUAGUUAUAGUUGUUAGAGGACUCAAGCACAGAAAUUCUGUAAUAGCUAGGUUGUUGCCAUUUCAGUUUGUUGCCAUUCUGUAAUAGCUAGGUAUGUAUUGAUCAUAUAAUUUCUGAAGCAUUCUUGAUGGGAGAGAAAAGACUUUGGGGUAAAGAAUCAAGAAAUCAUAUAGAGAACAAAGUUGAAAUUAAUGUAAGACGAGACCAUACAGCUUUCCUAA